UUCUGUAAAGUAGAUCGUGAUUGUAAGUCAGGUCGUAUGUGUCAUGAUGGUGUAUGUGUGUGUCUUCCUGAUGAUGCAUGUUUAAAACACAGCCAUCCUGUGUGUGGAACUGAUGGUUUAUGGUAUCCAAGUCAUUGUGAACUUCACCGUACAGCCUGUAUACAUAGAAUACACAUUAAACCUGAAACUAAAUGUGACUACAAAGAUUAUCAACAAUUUAAAGAGAAACUUCUGCUUCAUCAUUAUGUUUUACUCAUUUCUAAACUUAACCAUUGGAAUCUUAUUUCAGAUCGUGAAUAUCUAGCUACGUUGAUUUUUAGUUACUAUGAUCGUGAUAUUGACUACUAUCUGGAGAAAAAAGAUCUGGAAAUCAUGCAGAAAAAAGAACAACUGGUUAUUCUUGACACAGUUUGCACAUUGCUGGAUAUUCUAGUCUAUGAUGAUUCUGAACCUAAAGAUGCAAAAUUAUCUGUUACAGAAUUCUUGAAAGCCUUUGGUAUGUAUGAUCAUAGAAAAGCAAAUACAAUUGUGGUAAUACCAACCCUAGCUACUGUGGGUAAUGGUCUAGAGUUGAAGUGUGCUAUACCAGGUCAAGGUAAUGGUGAUGAUGUUAUUUGGAAGAGAUUUGAUACAGAGAUUAUACACUCUACUGAUGGUCUUACUGUAUUUGAUGAUGGAUCAUUAUUCUUCAAUCAAGUUGGUGUCCACCAUAUUGGAAAUUAUUCUUGUUCACAUAAAAAUACUAACAUUAAACAAGUUCAUGUUCUAAAAGUACAAAUGUCACCAUUGGUUCGUGUAUCACCUGUCAGUCAACUCAGAUUAUCUAAUACUGACAUCACUGUUAAAUGUCAUACAGAGGGAAUUCCAACUCCCAGUGUAUCAUGGGAAAUAAAUGAAAUGUCAUUACCUAAUGAUCCUCGACAUUUCCAGGAAUCUGAUAAUAAUGAGACAUUGACAAUACACAAUGCUGAUUAUCACCGUGAUACUGGGGCAUAUAAAUGUGUAGCCAAAAACCAGGCUGGUACAGCAGAAGAUGUGGCUUCUAUAUUUAUACAAGAUGAUCAUUCCAGUUCCUGUAAGUUCUCUCAGUUCUAUUCUUCAUCACAGAAGUCUGAUGGAACCUUUAUGGUUUUCCACACCCACGGUUACACAGCCUACAGACCAGAGAGUUGUCUCAUGAGAAGAGAGGUCAGAGGAAAGUUUGGGAACUUUAAGUUUAUUCCUGAUAAUCUGGAUGAACCAAUGUCAUUAUGUCAUAACAAUAAGUGUAAUUGGGGCACGUCUGUUAAUGUUAAAGACGAGUUUGUUUAUGUCAGUCAACCAUCACAAAAUCGUAUUGUUGUCAUAGAAACCACAGACAAAUGGAAUCCAGUACAGGUAAUUGAUACAGAUCGUGAACCAAUAGGAUUAUACUAUAUACCACAUCUAGAUCAAGUAUGGGUUCUAUGUUGGAAUGGUAAGGAUGAUGGAAGUAUGAAGACAGUAGUUGUAAUUCGUGAUGCUAGUCAGGAUAUACAACAUCAUGCUGUUCAUACACAACCUGUUGGUAACAGAUUUGAUUUAGUUAAAGAUAUCUUCAUACCACCCCAGAAUAACCUGAAACAUCAUUUUAAUUUUGGUUAUAUUGUACAUUCUGAACAACGUGGAUUAUUUAAACUAGAUUUGAUUGAGAUGAAAUAUGUGAAUGUUAUUGAUUUCUCCCAGUUUGACUGCAUACCAAAAUCACUUGCCUUUGUUCCUAUUGGUGGACAUGUUGUAGUAGAAUGUGUAAUACCAUCAUCAGAGAAGACCUUACAGAUUGUUCUAGACUACAUUACUGAUGCUAUAAUAUCCCAUAUCUCACUCCCUGGUCGACCCUUCGUUAGUCCUGAUUCCAGACAUCUUGUUACAGUGGAUUAUUUCUCUGGAAAGGUUGCUGUUUCAACUAUAUCACAAGAUGGUGUAAUGGAGAUGGGAUUUGAAGUUAUUGUCAGUACCGUAAUUAGUGAUGUUGAGUUUUUCCCGUCUGCUAGUCGUAAAGGUUAUGAUUUCAUUAUGUCAUCAGCUGAUACGGAGGAUAUCAUAAUUCUCAGUUUGAACAAUGGAAAAGUACAGAAAAUCAAGGGAACACACAAGAUUGGAGGAGAUGUGUCACUAACACCCAGUCAUUCAACAAGAACUGUGGUAUCUGGUGGAAUUUUUGGAGAUUUCUUCAUGAUGCCAUUUGAUUCCACUAUCUCUAUUAUAGAUGGUAAACAUCACCAUGUCAAAUGUGAAUUUAAAGGAGUUCUACAGAGUAAAGGCAUAGUUUUUGUAGAAAAUUAAGUAGUAUAACUUUGUAAUCUUUUGAUAAAUUUUGUGAUAAUUGAAAAAUCAAGACCUUUGUCACCAUUUCAUAAUAAGAAUGUGUUGUUCUCAAUGAUAAUAAUCAGUGAUUGAACAAAUUAUCCUCAAAGUUUUUAAUCUUUAUCUGCAAAACAUCAGUGAUCAAAAUAAAGUCAAAACUGAUAAAUCAAAAGAGGAAUGGAAACAACUAGGUUAUGUAAUAAUAUAGUGCUUAAUUUUUUAUUCAGAUAAAAAAAUUCAAAAAUUAUAAAAAAAUAUAUUAUGAAUUAGGCUUUGCAAAAAUAAAAAUAUGCUUGCUUGUGAUAAAUUUAUAUUAACAUUUAAAACUUUUAUUUGUAAAGCAUUUUUUGUAGUGUAGAUAAAUUCUAGUCAGUUACCAUCAAGUGAAAAGUGUAUACUUAUAAGUGCUGUUCAUUGAAUCAAAUGUAACAUUCAUUGAAUUUUAGCAUUCCAAAUCUAAAAACCAAAUCUGAUAUACUGGUUUUUAAAAACAUUCCAUUUUUGAAGAGAAGAAAAAAGCUUAAGAAAUUUGGCUAUUGGCUCACAAACUAUGACUUUAAAACAACCAUUUAUAAAAAUAUUUUACAAGGGAAAUAAUCUCCACAUAACUUUAUUCAUAAAAUUUUAAUUUUUCUACAUGCUUUUAAUGUAAUCCAUUCUAUGACACUGAAUUUCGACACAUGGUAAUUUUCUGUGCCUUUUUACAGCAUAUUCUUGUAUCUCUAUAAGAGAAGAUUACAAUAUAUUGGUGACUAUGUUCACAAGGGGAAAAUGUAUUUUCUUCCACAUUUUGAGGAUA